CCAUUUCGCGGAAUCAGCGGAGCACAGACUUUCACUCCAGUUGCUUCAAAAGUUGCAGACAUGACGCCAGAAAACAUCCUAUCUGUAGCAGCGUGGAUUGCCUUCUGGACAUCCCUGGUUUCUGGAAGUGAAACCGUCCUCAAGUGCAACGUCAGCCAGGAUUCCAGCGGUUGGACGUACAGGAUCUCAGAUGAGGAUAAGAAGUUAACAGACCUCUGUAAAGUCCAGUGGAGCAAUACAACUAACCAUGUGAUUGCCAACAAGAAUGACCCAGCUGGACCGGAGUUGAACACCCUGAAGGAUCCUCGAUGUCUUGGAAACCUCAUAUUCAAAGCAACCUGCAAGGAAAAUGGACAUUUUGCUGAUUACAUUGCCAACUGUACUGCCACCUGCAGCACACUGGCUCCCCUUCAUGAAGAUACAGUCUGGACAUCCCUGGUUUCUGGAUAUGAAACCGUCCUCAAGUGCAACGUCAGCCAGGAUUCCAGCGGUUGGACGUACAGGAUCUCAGAUGAGGAUAAGAAUUUAACAGACCUCUGUAAAGUCCAGUGGAUCAAUGCAACUAACCAUGUGAUUGCCACCGAGAAAGACCAAGUUGGACCAGACUUUUACACCCUGAAGGAUCCUCGAUGUCUUGGAAACCUCACUCUCAAAGCAACCUGCAAGGAAAAUGGAUAUGCUGUUGAUUACAUUGCCUACUGUACUGACAUCUGCAGCAAACUGGCUCCCCUUCAUGAAGAUACAGUCUGGACAUCCCUGGUUUCUGGAAAGAAAACUGUCCUCAAGUGCAACGUCAGCCAGGAUUCCAUUGGUUGGACGUACAGGAUCUCAGAUGAGGAUAAGAAGUUAACAGACCUCUGUAAACUCUGGUGGAUCAAUGCAACUGAUAUGAUUUCCAACAAGAAACACCCAGCUGGACCGGAGUUGAACACCCUGAAGGAUCCUCGAUGUCUUGGAAACCUCAUAUUCAAAGCAGCCUGCAAGGAAAAUGGACAUGAUGUUGAAUACAUUGCCAACUGUACUGACGUCUGCAGCACACAUGGAGAUACAGGUGGACUUACAGCCCUCUGGAUCGGUCUUGGCAUUGGCGGGGCAGUAGCACUUGCAGUGCUGGGUGUUGGGUCUCUGAUAUACAAAAAGAAAAAAGAAAAGAAGAAAGCAGAACGAGUGUCUACUUGCACUUAUCAACCUGUGAAGAAGGACAACAAUCCAAAACCUCCGGAUGUGGAGGCUGGAAAUUCAUAGACUUGUCACAAUUAUGUGCUUAGCUUGUGCUUAAGUUCCUAGUUAGUUAGUGCUUUUUUCUGUUGCUUUUAAAGAUGCAUAUUAAUCAUGUUGUAUACAAAAUUUUUAGAAAUGUAUCAGUGCAGUUUUAAGGGUGCUCUCACGCUAGACGAACCGUACCGUAGCCAGACACGAUUGCUCCAGUCUGUUCAAGUACAGCAUGAUUCUGAUGUGGUGCGUUUGCACAUGUGUGGAGGAGGGCUUGUAUGGAUCAUAUGCCUACAAGUGUAUAAGUGACAGUUCCUCGUGAACGUCAUUUACUAACAUACAUUUUACACAGUUUAUGAAUCAUGGGCUUCAUAAACUGUUGCGAGGGCUGGAUCUAACCAGAAAAAAACAAAGUCAGCAUCGUUGUUAUCAUGUAUUCUCUGCUGUUCACCAUCGUGCUGAUUCUCUGACGUGGUGCACAUUUCGAGUAAACAAACAAGCACGUAUUGUGCUGACAUAUGUAGGAGCAGCAAUCAUGCUCCAGCUUGACUGUCCAGGGGAAUAAACCCUGGCAGAUCCCUGUGACCUUAAAUAAGCGGCUAUAGAUGAUAGCUGGAUGGAUGGAUGGAUGAGACUGCCGUAUACGUCACUUUCACUUGCUUUGCUGCACUCGAAUGACGUCCAGAAAUCCAUUCAUUCCUAUUGAAACCUCUGGUCUUUAGGGAGCGUAUGUGCUGUGGUAGCAUCCAUUGUGAGCUGCCCCCGCACAAAUAACUAGCAGGCUUUUGAAAAAUGUCUUGUUCAGUUGUUUGAUAAUGUGGUGAAACUGCACAGGCUACAAGUGUAGGCUGGUAUAAGAACAGUUUCUCCCCAGAGGUGGCAGUAACAUGGCCUUGGUGCUCCGGGCCCAUCUGGAAAGAACUUUACUUUCUUAAGUUGAACACCCGGGGCGUUUUCCAUAUUCCAUAUGGAUGGACCAUAUACUUAAAAAAACAAACAAAAUAAUGGACAAGCCAUUGAGUCAUGUGACCCACUGGUUUCUGAAAAACUGCUUUAAAGUCAGUUUUUCUUCGUACAAGGUGGAGUUAUGUUCCUCUGGAAGCUGACAAGAAUACGCCCACCGUAUGUCAAUCAAAGUUAGCUUUGGCUGCCAGCUCCCGUCGAAAUAUCUGCAGAGCUGCUGGCAGGCUUUUCCCGGGGAAUAUACCGUUUAACAUGUUCACUUGACGGCGAAAUAAAAAACGACUCUUGUGUUUACCCGAGGUUGGGUCAGUACCAAGUGUGAAAUCAAACGAUUGCAACCUGGUCUAGCGUGAGCGCACUCUGUGUUGAGGCAAGCCUUAAGAUAUUGUAGAAAUAAUGAAGAAAGUGCCAUAUUUUGGCACUUGUUCAUGUUGAUAUCCAGGACAAAAGCUACUUCCAAUCAUGGACUAAGGGAGCAUUUUACGUAGUUUGUGGUAUUAACUGCUAGCUGAGGUGUGUUGGUGCACAAAUGAAUGAUGUCAGCUUUCUGCUCCCUCGUACUUGGGUCCAUCCUCCUGCUGCUUAUGUUUACGAGACCUGUGGAAGGCUGGACCAUAAUGCAGCACGGCAGAGGCUUUUGUCCUGUAAUAUUACCAUAUAUAUAUAUAUAAAAAUAGCGUUGAAAGUAUCAACGUUUAUUAUUAAUAUAUAGACAGCGUGUCCCGGGUCUUCCCCGGGGUCUCCUCCAGGACACGCUGGUGUAAGUGUCUGGGGUGAGCAGAUAAAAUAUGGAGAUAAACUCAUAUUUAUAAACACUAUAUAGGGUUUGGUGUAUUUGAAUUACAUCACCCACUGUAAAUACUACGUUGUGUGUUUAAAUUGUUUACUCUGGCUGCCUUAACACUGUCACUUUUAUGUUAUCUAUGAAAUCACAGCUGUUGCUCUGUAUCAGCUUUCUGUUUGCUUAUUCUUUUGUCCAAACGCAUUAAAGAUUAU